CCGGCAAAUAGAACAGACGUCGCUCGAAAAUGUUCACAACUCUCCUAAUAUUUGUGUCGAUUGUCGUUUUAUUUUAUAAAUAUGUGACGUAUCGUCAAAGUUAUUGGAAGCGAAAAGGUAUCAAAGGUCCCAAACCGACAUUUCUUGCGGGAAAUUUGUUCAAUUCUUUCUUGCAAAAGGAAGCAUUUGCUGAUGACGUUGAUCGGAUUUACAAGCAAUACAAGGAUCGACAAGGCGUAAUUGGCAUAUAUCAGCUUUUGAAACCUACGUUGAUGGUCACCGACUCGCAAAUCGUAAAACAUGUUUUGGUUGAAAACUUUAAAAAUUUCCACAUGAAUGGCUUUGAAAAACUUCUAAAUGAAAAAUCAGACCCGUUAUUGGCUUACAAUCCAUUUUUCCGAUCCGGAGACGCAUGGAAAGACAAACGUUCGGAAGUUACGCCAGCUUUUUCUCCUGCUCGUAUUAAGGCGAUGUACCCCUUGAUCGAGUCGGUGUGUGAAAAAAUGAAGGAAUAUAUUGAAAAAGCCGCAAAUUCUGGGCAAGCGCUCGAAGGAAAAGACCUUUCAUCACGUUACACUUGUGAUGUCGUCACGAAAUGUAUUUUCUCCGCAGAUGCCAUGUCUUUCGAAAAUGAGAACAACGAGAUACGGAAACAAGCUGCCAACAUCUUUGGAUCGUCAUUUUUCUCCAUUAUUUUCUUCACAAUGAUGGAAAUUUGUCCUGCUUUGUUCAAAACACUUCGUAUUGGGUUCGUACCAAAGGCAACUGAAGCAUUUUUCCGAGAUUUGAUGCGACAAGCGAUCGAUCAUCGUCAAAAAAGUAACGUCAAUAGUCAGGAUUACCUUGAUUUCUUGCUGCAAAUGCAGAAAAAGAAGGGACUGUCAGAUUUGGAAGUUGCUGCUAGCGGAAUUACGUUCUUCUUGGAUGGCCUUGAGACAUCUGCUGUUGGAAUUUCGUACAUUUUAUACGAGCUUGCCAGUAACAAAGAAGUUCAAGACAAGUUGCGAGAAGAACUGAAAUCAGCUGAAAAUUUGGAUUAUGAUACUCUUGUGAACCUACCUUAUCUAGAUCAAGUAUUCCAUGAAAGUUUACGGAUGCAUCCUCCAGCGGGUUUUCUCAAUCGUGUGUGCACUGAACCCAUUGAACUUGACAUUGGGAAAGAAAAAAAAUUCUUCGUUGAAAAAGGAACCACAUUACUUCUUCCAAUUCACUCCAUUCACUAUGACGAUGCCAACUACGACGAACCCGAAAAAUUCAAACCUGAUCGUUUCAACGAUGGCGCCAUCAAGGAUUAUCGCGAUAACGGCAAAUGGUUGACUUUCGGCGAUGGACCUCGUACUUGUUUGGGACAGCGAUUCGCAAAAGCACAAUCCAAAGCUUGUAUCGCCACGAUUUUGUUGAAUUUUGAAAUUUCCGUGAAUGAAAAGACCAUGACACCAUUGCGUUUGGACCCAAAAGACUUCCUUGGAUCAGCUCUCGGCGGAAUUUGGCUUAAUUUUAAGAAAAUUAACAAUUAAAGUAUUCAAUGUUGCACUGAAAAGUUCAUUUAAGUAACAAAUAAACGAUUGUUCAUUCA